AUGUCUGCAAGCAAAGCUGCCCGCGUUGGCGAAGAGACACGCAUCGACAAGGUCAACUCGGAGCUCGUGGUGCUCACGUAUGGCACAAUCGUUGCACAGCUUUGCAAGGACUUCGACAGUGACUAUGUGGAAGUCAACAAACAACUGGACAAGAUGGGCUACAACAUCGGCCUACGACUGAUUGAGGACUACCUGGCCAAGUCGAACACUAUGAAGCGCUGCGUGAACUUCCGAGAGACGGCUGAGAUGAUUGCAAAGGUCGGUUUCAAGAUCUUCCUCAACAUAACACCCACCAUCACGAACUGGACUAGCGAUAGCAAGCAAUUCUCGCUGGUAUUCGAAGAGAAUCCCCUCGCCGACUUCGUGGAGCUGCCAGACGACGGCCGUGCCCAAGACGAGCUCUGGUACUCGAACAUUUUCUGCGGUGUGCUUAGAGGCGCUCUCGAGAUGGUACAGAUGCAGGUUGAGGCACAUUUCAUCAGUGAUAUACUGAGAGGCAACGACUCCACCGAAAUGAGGAUAUCGCUGAUCCGCUACAUCGAUGAUGAACUCCCGCCAGAGGAUGACUGAUCUUCCUCCUGGGUGGACUUACUAAGUUGACAAGCCCUUCCGGUGCUUCACCAAUGAUGGUGGUAUCGAUAGUAGGCCAGUGAUGGAUGCCGGCGGGGAAAGCUAUACAUAUUAUCAUCCAUUCCCAUAGCACUGCUGGCGCUGGAGAGGGACAUGCUUGAGCUGCAAUGGCUCUGUUCAGGUCUACCAAUAGCAGAUGUAGACAGUUUGAAAUCGGAGGUCUGUGCUAGUCCUUACAUUCCAGUGCGGUAGAGCAGAAUACUAGAGAAGCAGAAGAACUAUUGGACCA